AUGAGUUAUGAAUCAACUGUAGAAAUCCUAAGUGAUACAAUUCAUUUUCUUUCAUUUUUACUAAUUGUGCCCAGUGACUUCCACCAAACUAAAGCAAUGGCCCAACUAAUUCAGAAAUCUGGAUGGAGCUGGAUUGAUGUCAUAAUCAUGGGUGAUGACUGUGAAUGGCUGGCUCUCCACACACUUGCAGUUCAGGCUGCAGCAAGUAAUGUGUGUAUAGCUUUCAAAGAGGUUCUCCCAGCCUUCCCCUUGGAUAAAUCCAUCAAAGUCAGUGUCAAUCAAACACUUGAAAAAAUCAUUGCUUGAAAAUCACUUGAAAAAAUCGAACCACAGGUUAAUGUCAUUCUGGUAUUUCUAAGGAAAUUCCUUGUUUUCGAUCUCUUCAAUACAGCCAUUGAAAGGAAUAUAAAUAAGAUGUGAAUUGCCAGUGAUAAUUGGUCAACUGCUACCAAGAUCAUCGCCAUUCCCAGUGUUAAAAGGAUUAGCAAAGUUGUGGGAUUUGCUUUUAGAAGAGUGAAUAUGUCCUCUUUCCAUUUCUUUCUUCAAACUCUGCGUGUGUAUCCCAAUAAUAAUAAAUUCCUCCAUGAAUAUGCCAUGCUUUCAUCUGCCAGGGAACAUAUCAAAGACAGUGAUCUGAGUCAAUAUAUUUCCAACCAUUCUCCUGAGAUACUGACCUACGAAGUUCACCAGGCUAUAGAAAGAAACUUAUAUGACUUCCUCUGGCAUUACACGGAACCAGAGCUCAAUCACAGUGUUCAGCUUGCUGUGGUUGCUCUUGCUUAUGCUCUCUGGAAUCUGUGCCAUGCUCAAGGCUGUCAGAACCCCCAUGCCUUUCAGCCAUGGGAGUUACUUGAUGUGCUGAAAAAUCUGAGACUUGUGGAUGGAGGAAAUUCUUUAUGUUGACACCCACGGGGACCUGAACACUGUACAGAUGCUGUGCUGUGGAAGGAAACCAAUGGCCAGAUGACCAUCACCAAGGUGGCAGAAUAUGACCUGCAAGAUGAUGUCUUUAUCUCACAAGAAACAAAAAAGGAAUUCAGGAAAUUAGAGCAUAUUCUAUCUAAAUGCUCCAAGAAAUGCAGCCCAAGACAAAUGAAGAAGACCACAAGAAGCCAGCACACCUGCUGCUAUGACCAUGUGAGGUGCUCCAAAAGCCACCACAGCAAUCAGAUAGAUAAUUUUAGGCAUUUCAGCAUGCAUGGGAGUUAUGAUGUUCUGAGAGAUGUCCUGUCAGAAGCACCAGGAUCCAUCAUCUUAAAAGGGGCAGGAGAGGAAGCAAAGGCACCUUACUCCCAGAAAACCUAUGCUUUCCUGCAGAUGGGAUUCGCAUUAACACUGCUUGGGUUUAUCAAAAAGGAUCAAGGAAUAGUAAUUUCAGAUACUGGAGCAUUUACCAAAUCUAAUUAUGACGAACAUGAACAAAAUCUUUUUAGCCUGGCUGCGAUCCUGGCUGCACCGAGAGGUGCCCAGGAGGAGGAAACGCAGCUCAGGCUUCUGCGCACUGGGGGACGUGACUGCGUGUGGCUAGGCAUCUGCAGGUUAGGGGCCCCCAAGGUGAUGGUCUUGGGUCCCCACCCCCAGCCGCCGGGGCCCAGGUGGGACUCGGUGGGACUCCUGUUAACUUUUCUUAUUUGUCGUACGUAUGUACUGGACUGCAGGCUCCAGAGCCUCAAGAAAUCUCUUGGGGGCAUCCAGGCACAUGGCUUGGGCAGGGACUGCACCUUCGCACGCAGCGUCAGAGGGUCCCAGCUCGGGCACUCAGCAGCUGCGGCUGGUCGAGCUCCUCUUGCUCCUUGCCACGCUCUUGGCUGCUCCAGAAGGAUCCUGUGCUGUCCUCCAGGCCAAGGAUGA